UCUAGUGUCAACAGCCAUAUUCCUGAAGAGGAGUUUUACGUGUAUCCGGGUUUUAACGCGAUUACAUCUUGUGAUAACCGCGUUUUAUCGUCUUCCACAUCAAAAUUUGUCUUUAGCAUAAUCGAAAACGGCAAUUUUCUCUCUGUUGUCGGUAUCACGGUAAAAAUCGCACGUGCUGAUACGUUCUGAACGUGAGUGCACGACGCGAAGACGCGGUUCAACGUAAACAUCAUGACCGCCCUUUACUUGGAACAUUAUCUCGACAGUCUCGAGCACUUGCCUAUCGAGUUGCAGAGGAAUUUCACGUUAAUGCGGGACUUGGACGCCAGAGCUCAGAUUUUGAUGAAGGACAUCGACAAGCUAGCGGACGAAUACUUGAGAAACAUAAAGAAAGAGUCACCGGAGAAGAGCAAAGAACAGAUCUCACAUAUUCAGAGCCUCUUUAACAAGGCCAAGGAAUAUGGCGACGACAAAGUCCAACUCGCUAUACAGACCUACGAAUUAGUCGACAAGCACAUCAGGAGGUUAGACUCUGACCUGGCGAGGUUUGAGGCUGAAAUACAGGACAAGGCAUUGAACAGUAGCAGAGCGCAAGAGGAGGGUAACGCCAGCAAGAAGGGAAGAAAGAAACUGAAGGAGGAGAAGAAGAAGAAGAAGGGUAAUGCGGCCAGCAGUGAAGACGAAUUCAAAGCGCCGAGGAAGAAGCAGAAGAAAGGUGGCUCCGUUGCUUCAGCAUCAUCUACCGGUGCUGUGGGCAGCGGUGCUCAAGUGGAUGCUACGCCAUUGGGACAUCCAGCCGAUGUCUUGGACAUGCCCGUUGACCCCAACGAACCUACUUACUGCCUCUGCCAUCAAGUGUCAUACGGAGAAAUGAUCGGUUGUGACAAUCCAGACUGCCCGAUAGAGUGGUUCCACUUCGCGUGUGUGGGUCUAAUAACCAAACCCAAGGGGAAGUGGUAUUGUCCCAAAUGUACUCAGGACCGCAAGAAGAAAUAAGUCCUAAGAAGAUUGGAGCGUGCGCUCGCACGUCUCGUCGCAUAUUUAUGUAAACAGAAGGAAAGACUAUCGUACGUUAUUUCUAAAAUUAGAAUGUAACUUUUUCAUAUUUAGGCGUAGAGGUAUAAAUGGUUUUAUAUAAGAGAACGAUGUUACGGGAGCGAAUUUUACGGGAAAGGAGGGAAAACAAUGGAAGGAUGCAGGACUGCAUUUUCAUUGCAUCUAUUGCUGAUGAUGACGUCGAUAUCCGUUCGUUUCCAUUUAUCGAUACGACGAAGUGCGCGCGAAUCGUCUACAGUUCUCGUCAAUGUAAUAUGAUAUCCUCACCGUGCAAUAGGAUCUCGUGCCGCAGGCUUUUCUUAAUGUUAUCUUAUAUUGAAGAGGGCUUGGAAUAUGCGUUUGCAUCAUGCGUGCAAGUGUAAUCGGACGGUUCAAAUGAACUUUUAUUGUCAAUUUUAGAUGUAAUGGAAGCACAGUUAGAACGUAAGCUCAUCACAGACGGUGAACACUUGAGAAUCGGCCGUUCUCGCGUCGCUUCGCCUUCUCUUCACACAUCGGGAUAGUAAUUUAUUGAUGUUGAUGCCAUCGCAUAAAAAUCGCUUUGUAUUUUUGCAUUCUUUCGCACGGCCGUUUCUUGAAUACCUGUGAUUUGCUGACUUAUUGUGAUUUUUACGCGAAAUGUAGCAUUAUGAAAGAGAAAGAGAGAGAAAGGAGAGAAAGAGUAAUAAUUUUAAUAUAUUAGCACUAUAUGGAUAUAUAUGAAAGUUAUUACUGUUUUUAUAUUUUAUAAAUGGAAAUUCCCAGCGUGUGCACAUUAUAUGCGUAUAUAUGUCCGUACGCGUAAUGGGGG